AUGGAGGCGCAGCUGGAGGUGCUGGAGAAGCUGGAGAGCCUGGCGUUCGAGCCCGGCACCGCCAGCACCGCGCCGGGCGAGGAGUGGCCGGAGAGCACGGAGGAGCCGCCGACCCGUCCGGAGGGCGGCGGGGAAGCCCAGGCCCCGCUGCCCCCGGCCGCGGGAGCACCCUGCUCGCCGCCACUGAGCGCGCCGGGCGGGGAGCGGCCGGAGAGCGCGGAGAGCACGGAGGAGCCACCGGCCCGUCUGGAGGGCGGCGGGGAAGCCCAGGCCCCGCUGCCCCCGGCCGCGGGAGCGCCCUGCUCGCCGCCGCCCGCUCAGCUCGGCACGCCCGCUGCCGCUGGGCCCUCGUCGGACUCGGACCCAGACUCGGACUCGGACAGUGAUACGGAUUCAGAUAGUUCAUCAGCUACAUCCUCUUCUGUAUCUUCACUAUCAUCUAAUGAAGACGAUAAUUUAGAUGAGAAGAAUGACAGAUCUUACUGCAUUAAAACAAAAGAUGAGUUACCUAUUGAGGAACUACCUCCUGUUGAAGACUUAUCAAUAAUUCUGCCGGAUAACAUUGAACUGAAGCUCUUUGGGACAGUGUCCAGCAUUAUUGAGCAGCUAGUAAUAAUUGAAUCACUGAGAGGCCUUCCUCCAGUAAAUGAGGAGAGCAUAAUUUUUAAAGAAGAUCGACAACCAGCAGGAAAGAUAUUUGAGAUAUUUGGUCCUGUCUUACAUCCUUUUUAUGUGUUAAGAUUUAACAACUCUGAGCAUAUCAAAGAAAAAGGUAUUAAUGUGCAAGAUAGCAUGUAUUUUGCUCCAUCAGUGGAGGACUUCACCCAGUAUGUAUUUACAGAGAAACUAAAAAUGGAAAAAGGUUCAGAUGCAUCUUGGAAGCAUGACCAAGAACCACCACCUGAAGUCUUGGAUUUCAGUGAUGAUGAAAAAGAAAGAGAGGCAAAACAGAAGAAAAACAAACCUGAAAGUGAAGGAAGGAAAAAGCUCAGACCAGAAACAAUUCCACCAAGUGAGAAUAAAGGAUUUCAUCACUCAAUGCAGCAGCCUGCUUCACGUUAUUCAAGGGGAUACCGUGGCAGAGGGUUUCCCAGGCAUUCAUUUCCUCCUCCAUCAGGCCCUCGAGGGUUUUGGAGACCACAAAGGAAAAAACUGUCAACAUCAUACUUGUACUUGGGAUGCCAAUGGCUUUCUUUGUGCCCUGGCAUGAAGAGACAUCAUCAGCCUCAAGAUCCAAAGGGGUGGUUGAAGGAAUAGGUAAACCUGGAAGGGACUGCAGAGGCUCA